UAAAGCAGAUAUUGGCAGUCGCACAAAAAUCCAAAAUUUGUGGAGUUCGAACAUAUAAACAUAAAUUAUCUGAUUAUUUAGUGAAAUAACGUAUCUUUCUUGUUUGCAUACUAAUUUACAAAUUUGCAUUUUGAUAAAUAACCUUAAACGAAUACACUCGAGCACGAAAGUUUCGAGUUGCUGUUGCAACAACAAUACUGCGUGGUUGAACGCAAAGACACAACAGUGAAUAAAAAGCACGCGAAAACGAAAGUUCGACUGGUAUCUAUAAAAUUAUUAUCCUCUCUUCUACCCGCCCAGUUGCAUUUACACUAACGGCUACGUUUUGGAUAACGAAACUCUUCCAAUUGCCAAAGAAGUAAGAUGUCUGUAGCAGAAUUUCUCAAGGACCUACCCAGCCACAAUGCACAAAACUUUUCGCAAUUUAAUAUGGAACAAGGACUUCGUACAUCACAGAAAAGGCCUUCCGUAUAUUUACCAACAGAAGAUGUGCCAUCGGAGCAGCACAUUGUGAUGGAUAAACGUUGCGUGUUAUUGAGAUAUCUUAAACAACAAUGGGAUAAAAAGACAUUACCUCGGAAACGUGAUCACACUAACGGCGAAGCAAACGUGGGAAAUGGCACAGCGAAUAACAGUUGUAAAAAACGUCCACGAUUGGAUAUAAACCAACUUGUUUAAAACACUUUGGUUUGUGAGCUGUAAAGUGGGCGGGGCAACGAGCGCAGCACGAAUAAUCAAAUUGUGUCUGGGAAGCGCUUAAAAGUAUGACAACUUGCUGUUAUAAUUUACUAAAAAUGAAAUUAUUUUUUGUUUUUAUUAAAACAACACUUCAAUUAAUUUUUGUUUUAAAAUUAUGUUUGUAUAGCAUUUUCCUUAGUGCUGUACAAAAUCAACGAAUUAUAAUCGGCAACAUAAACCCUAAAUAAAUAUAUUCCUGAAUAAUUUUAAAACCCUCGUAAAAAGGGGUUCUGUACAAACACACAAACAAUAGUCUGCAGCUUGUUAAAUAUGGUGCAAAUAUGCGCCUAGCCAUUACACAUUAGUUGUUAAGAUAUUAUUUUCUAAAUAUUUGAAUAUAAGCAAUUUUGUAAGUCGCAACUCACAUUAACUGAAACUUGGAAAUAACUUGUACUAAAAAAUAAAUUCACACAUGCACGCAUUAAA